AUGCCAGUAAAGGAGAAAACUACCGUUGCAAUAUUUGCCAAAGCUGUAUCAAAAUGUUCUUUACAGGCCGCAACAUAUGCAAAAUGUGUAACUUCUCAACUUGAUUCUAUUCACCAUAAUGCUUGUCAUAAAGAAUUUCUUGAUUUCAAAUCAUGUGUACAAAAAUGUGUUGGUAAAUCCUGGUGA